AUGGGUCCCCCGUCGACUGCGCCUGACUAUAGUAGUGCCAAAGAUGCAAAGGAACUUUUGGAUAAAAUUGGGCAACAAGUGCACGACAAAGUGAAAAGUGAAUCAAAUGGUUUUAAAGAUGAAUUGGAAGGAAGUUUGUCACUAGCAAAAGUUUCCGGUGUGGAAUUAGCUGACACCCUUGAUCCGUGCAAACUUAUAAAAGAAAAACAUGAGAACCUUAUUGGUGCUCGCGGUGAUCCGUGCGGAAAGGAUGGAACAGGAAAAGAAGACGAUUCAAAACGUUUUUCUAAAGAAAGUGGCGCUGAAUGUGAUGAGAAAAAAAUAAAAGAUAAUAAAAGUAAAGGAGGUAAUAAUGAAGGAGCGUGUGCUCCAUAUAGACGAUUAUCUCUAUGUAACAAAAAUAUGGAAAAAAUGGGCAGAACGUCGACAACGAAGCAUGAUUUGUUGUUAGAUGUGUGUAUGGCAGCAAAUUACGAGGCAGAGUCAUUAAUACCUUAUCAUGACCAAUAUGAAGCAACAUAUAAGGAUUAUGGUUCUACAAUGUGUACUAUGUUGGCACGAAGUUUUGCAGACAUAGGUGAUAUUAUAAGAGGAAGAGAUCUAUACAGUGGUAAUAAGGUGAAAAAAAAAAAAUUAGAUGAUAGUUUGAAAACAAUUUUCGGGAAAAUAUAUGAAGGAUUGACAGGUGGUGUAAAAGAACGCUACACAAAUGACGGUGGAGAUUUCUUUCAAUUACGAGAAGAUUGGUGGACUGCGAAUCGAGAAACAGUAUGGAAAGCCAUGACAUGUAGCGAGCACCUAAAAAAUUCUGCAUAUUUUCGUGUAACAUGCAGUGAUAAACAAGGUGAAUCUAUAGCUAAUCACAAAUGUCGAUGUCCCAUGACAAGUGAUGGCAAGCCCAACGACCAAGUCCCCACAUAUUUUGACUAUGUGCCGCAGUAUCUUCGGUGGUUCGAAGAAUGGGCCGAAGAUUUUUGUAGGAAAAAAAAAAUAUAUGUUGGAAUAGUUAAAAAAUAUUGUCUUGAUGAAACAGAAGAAAAAUAUUGUAGUCUUAAUGGCUGCGAUUGCACACAAACUGUUAGAGCAAAAGGUAAGUUGCGUUAUGGUAAUAGAUGCACGGACUGUUUGUUUGCAUGUCAUCGUUAUGAAAAAUGGAUAGAUAACCAACGAAAACAAUUUCUAAAACAACGAAACAAAUACGCUGACGAAAUAAAAAAAUAUAUAAACGAAGCAUCAAGUAGUAGUGGUAGUGGGAGGCAAAGACGAGGUGCACGUAACGAAAAUUAUGAUGGAUAUGAAAGUAAAUUUUAUGACAUACUUAAAAAUAAGAGAUAUGAAAACGUUGAUGCUUUUUUGGGAUUAUUAAAUAAUGAAAAAGCAUGUCAAGCUGUUACUGACGACAAAGGAGGAAGAAUUAAUUUCAAAAACGUUAAUAGUGGUAAAAAUAGUGGUGGUGGUGAAAGUGGUGAUCGUGGUAAGGGUGCUAGUAGUACUAGUGAUACUAGUGGUACUAAUGAUGAAACAAAAGGAACCUUUUAUCGUUCAAAAUAUUGCCAACCAUGUCCUAUUUGUGGAAUGAAAAAGAAAGGUGGUAAAUGGGAAGCUAAAAAUGAUGAUAAAUGCAAGCGUGGAAAACUUUAUGAGCCUACAAGUAGCGCAAAACCUACUGAAAUUAAAAUCCUUAAAAGUGGUGAAAACCAUGAUGAUAUUGAAAAAAAAUUAGAGGCGUUUUGCGAAACACAAAAUCGUAGUGAUGGUAGUAGUAGUGUUCACGUUGGUGGUGGUAGUGGUGGUGGUGGUGGUAGUGGUGGUGGUGGUGGUAGUGGUGGUGGUGGUGGUAGUGGUGGUGGUGGUGGUAGUGGUGGUGGUGGUGGUAGUGGUGGUGGUGGUGGUAGUGGUGGUGGUGGUGGUAGUGGUGGUGGUGGUGGUAGUGGUGGUGGUGGUGGUAGUGGUGGUGGUGGUGGUAGUGGUGGUGGUGGUGGUAGUGGUGGUGGUGGUGGUAGUGGUGGUGGUGGUGGUAGUGGUGGUGGUGGUGGUAGUGGUGGUGGUGGUGGUAGUGGUGGUGGUGGUGGUAGUGGUAGUAAAAGUGAUAGUCAGAAAUUGUAUGAAGAAUGGAAAUGUUAUAAACAUGACGAGGUACAGAAAGUGCAGGGUCAGGGUGAGGAAGAGGAUGAAGACGAAGUCGAGGAGGAGGACGAUUUAAAAAGUGCAGGCGGAUUAUGUAUAUUGCCAAACCCCAAAAAAAAAGAAGAAAGUGAAGCCAAAUCUCAAAACGAACCUGAGCAAUUCCAAAAGACAUUCUAUGAUUUUUUUACAUAUUGGGUUGCACAUAUGUUAAAAGAUUCCAUACAUUGGAGAACAGAAAAACUCGAUAAGUGUAUAAAUAACACUAAUGGUAAGCAAACAAAAUGUAGAAAAGGAUGCAAAGGUGAUUGCGAUUGUUUUUUAAAAUGGGUUAAUGAAAAGAAAACCGAAUGGGGGAAAAUAAAAGACCAUUUUAAAACGCAAGAAGGUCUUGACAAUGAAGGAGAAAAUGGCAUUCCUGAAAGUACUCGCUUCGGAUUCACGCAUGAUGUUGUUCUUGGAGAGUUUUUGGAAUUACAAUUUUUGAAUGAAAAUAACGAAGAAAAUUCCAAAAAUAGUCUGGAUUCAGAGGAAAUAAAACACCUAAAAAACCUUCGCGAUAUCAUUAAAAAAAAAAAUCAACAAGCAGGAGCUGGUGCCACUGGAAAAAGAACUAUAAUGGAUGAAUUGAUCGACUACGAAGAAGGAAUUGCCAAAGACUGCCAACAAAAAUGCCAAGAAACGCAAAAACCACAACAAGUAGAUAGAGACCUCGCCCGCUCCGCCACCGGCCCACGUGACCCAUCAUCACCUGCCGCCCCCACUGCCGGCCCUGUUGAAUCCGCCGCUGUUGAUGACGAAGAUGACGACAACGAAGAAGAGGAGGAAGAAGAAGAAGAGGAAGACGAAAAGGAGGAAGUCGGCGGCAGUGACGUCGUCGAGGAGAAAGAGGAAAAGGAGGAGGAGAAAGAACCAGAGGAGCAGGUGGAACCACAACCAGCAGCAACAACAACACAAAACGAUGUAAAGGUGUGCGACACAGUGGACAAACUAUUUAAAGACACCACUGCUCUACAGGAUGCAUGUAAUUUAAAAUAUGUGAAAGGCAAAAACUACGGUUGGAGGUGUGUGGCACCAAGUCAUACCACAAGUGAAACCACUGGAAAAAGUGAAUCCGCCACAUCUAGUAGUGGUGCCACCACCGCUCCGGCGCCUUCAUUGACCUCGCCGCAAGCUACCGCAUCCGCCAACUCGGCCAAUUCCGUCUCCUCCGCGGUGUGUAUCCCUCCCAGGAGACGACGAUUAUAUGUGGGGAAAUUGGAACAGUGGGCGAGUGGCGGUAACACACAGGGGGGUGGUGGUAACACACAGGUGACACCACAAGCGGGUGGUAGUGAGGCACAGACACAACCACAAGGCAAGGACGCCGCGUCGACAUCGCCACAAGUGGCUCUCCUCCGCGACGCGUUCAUCCAAUCUGCGGCAAUAGAGACGUUUUUUUUAUGGCAUAAGUAUAAAAUGGAGAAAAAAAAGGAAAAAGAGGAAACACAAGGACAGGUAUAUAAACAAACCGAUGACGAAGACAAAACCCCCCAAGAAUUGUUAAAUAGUGGCAAAAUACCUGAUGGUUUCUUGCGUCAAAUGUUUUAUACCCUAGCAGACUACAAAGAUAUAUUAUUUAGUGGUGAUAAAGACAAGAAGAAUGGUUACAGCGACAUAAUUAAUGGUGAUAAAGAAAUGAAAGCAAAAGAAGAGAAAAUAAAAGAAGCUAUACAAAAGUUUUUCGAACAAACUCGUGGUGCCAUCCCCCCUCCUCCUAGUGGUACAACCCCCUCCUCCUGGUGGGAACAACACGCCGAAUCUAUCUGGAAUGGAAUGAUUUGUGCACUAACAUAUACCGACAACAGCGACACUGUCGCAAAAGGUAAAGCAUCCAUUACGCAGGAUACGGAUUUGAAAGAUGCACUUUGGGACGAAAACGGUGCCACUAACGAGCCCAUCAAAUACAAAUACACCGAAGCCACAGCCAGUGGUGAUAACACCCCCCUCACCCAAUUUGUGUUACGCCCACCCUAUUUCCGUUACCUUGAAGAAUGGGGUGAAACAUUUUGUCGACAAAGGACACGUAUGCUGGCGAAAAUACGGGGGGAGUGUGUGAAAAGUGGUAGUGAACGUUGUAGUGGGGAUGGGGAAGAUUGUAACGAUCAGCUUGAUGCAGAUCCUACUAUUGUUCGGGAUUUUUUGUGUUCGACGUGUGGCAGACAUUGUAGUUUUUAUAAAAAGUGGAUACAAAGAAAAAAAGAAGAAUUUACUGAACAAUAUAAUGCAUAUGGUGGACAAAAAACGAAAUGCCAAACGGAAAGUGAGACUGCUAAAGAAUUUUGUGGAACACUAAAUACAUUCAAUGACGCUGCAAAAUUUUUAGAGAGGUUAAAAUCCGGACCAUGUAAAAAUAAUGAGAAUGUAGAGGAUAAUGGAAAGGAUAAAUUAGAUUUUAGUAAACCAAAUGAAACAUUUGUACCUGCAACAAAUUGUAAACCAUGUUCUUCAUUUAAAAUAGAUUGUAAAAAAGCUAAAUGCAGUAAUCGUGAUGAUACAAACGUGGGGUUCAAUUGCAAAAAGAAUGGAAAUGGUUAUAUUACUUCAGAUCAUAUUAAAAAUGAAGACAAUUUUACUGACACAAUAGAUAUGCUUGUGAGUGAUGACAAUAAAAAUAAAUCUGAAACUGUUUUAGAGGCUUGUGAAGGUGCCGAUAUUUUUGAAGGUAUUAAAGAAAAUAAAUGGAAAUGUGGUAAUGUAUGUGGUUAUGUUGUAUGUAAGCCGGAAAAUGGCAAUGGGAAAAUAGUCAAUGGAAAACCAAAUGGUGAAAACCAAAUUAUAAUAAUUAGAGCACUGUUUAAACGAUGGCUAGAAUAUUUUUUAGAAGAUUAUAAUAAAAUUAGAAAAAAAUUAAAGCCGUGUAUGAAUAAUAGUGAUGGAUCUCCAUGUAUAGAUAAUUAUAAAAAAAAAUAUCAAUGUGUUUUACAAUGGAUAAGUAGGAAAGAGGAAGAAUGGAAAAAAAUAAAAGAACAUUACGAAAAACAAAAACCUAAAAAUGGUGACAAUAACAUGAAAUCUUUGGUUACAGAUAUUUUGAGUGGUUUGUAUCCUCAAACUGAUGUUAACAAAGCUAUAAAACCUUGUAAAGGUUUAACGAAGUUCGAGAGUUUUUGUGGUCUUAAUCGUACUGAGAGCUCAAAAAUAAAAGAUGGUACACCAAAAGAUGUCGUAGAAUGUUUGUUUCAAAAGAUUCAAAAAAAAAUUGAGGAGUGCAAACAGAAACACCCCCAACCUAGUGCCAACAACUGUACCACAUCCCCCACAUCAGACACCCCCCCUGAUGAUGAAGAGGACUUACUCCAUGAAGAGGAAGAAAACCAAGUGAAAGCGCCAGAAAUUUGUCCAACACCACAACAAGAACCAGAAGCAGAGGAUGAAGGCGAAUGUAAAGCAGCAUCACCAGCAACUAGUGAGGAACAAACCAACCAAACCAGCAACCCCCAUGAAACCCCCGUUCUCAAACCCGAAGAAGAAGCAACGGCGCCUACAUCACCACCAAGACCCCCCCUGGUGACAUCCACCCUCGCCUGGAGCGUUGGCAUCGGUUUUGCUGCAUUCACUUAUUUUUAUCUAAAGAAAAAAACCAAAUCAUCUGUUGGAAAUUUAUUCCAAAUACUGCAAAUACCCAAAGGUGAUUAUGAUAUACCUACAUUGAAAUCAACCAAUCGUUAUAUUCCUUAUGCAAGUGAUAGACAUAAAGGUAAAACAUAUAUUUAUAUGGAAGGAGAUACUAGUGGAGAUGAAGAUAAAUAUGCAUUUAUGUCUGAUACUACUGAUGUAACUUCCUCAGAAAGUGAGUAUGAAGAAUUGGAUAUAAAUGAUAUAUAUGUACCAGGUAGUCCUAAAUAUAAAACAUUGAUAGAAGUAGUACUGGAACCAUCAAAAAGAGAUACACAAAAUGAUAUGCCUAGUGAUGAUAUACCUAGUGAUAUACCAAAUAGUGACACACCACCACCCAUUACUGAUGAUGAAUGGAAUCAAUUGAAAAAAGAUUUUAUAUCUAAUAUGUUACAAAAUACACAAAAUACGGAACCAAAUAUUUUACGUGAUAAUGUGGAUAAUAAUACCCAUCCCACCCCAUCACGUCAUACGUUGGACCAAAAACCUUUUAUUAUGUCUAUUCAUGAUAGAAAUUUACUUAAUGGAGAAGAAUACAAUUAUGAUAUGAGCACUAACAGUGGUGAAAAUAAUGUAUACAGUGGUAUUGAUCCAACAAGUGAUAACCGUGAUCCUUAUAGUGAUAAAAAGGAUCCAAUUAGUGGUACAAAAGAUCCAAUUAGUGAUAACCAUCAUCCUUAUAGUGGUAUAGAUUUAAUCAAUGCCGCACUAAAUGGUGAUUAUGACCUUUACGAUGAAAUAUUGAAACGAAAAGAAAAUGAAUUAUUUGGGACAAAUCAUGUGAAACAAACGAGUACACAUAGUGUUGCAAAAAAUACAAAUAGUGAUCCUGUAAUGAACCAACUAGAUUUGUUCCAUAAAUGGUUAGAUAGACAUAGAGAUAUGUGCGAAAAGUGGGAUACAAACAAUAAAAAAGAGGAAUUGUUAGAUAAAUUAAAAGAAGAAUGGAAUAAAGAUAAUAACAAACAUAAUGGUGAAAAUACUAUUAACAAAACGUUGAAUACUGAUGUUUCCAUACAUAUACAUAUGGAUGAUCCUAAACCUACAAAUGAAUUUUCAAAUAUGGAUACAUACCCUAAUAAUUCUUCUAUGGAUAAUAUCUUGGAUGAUCUGGAAAAAUAUAAUGAACCUUAUUAUGAUGUGCAAGAUGAUAUUUAUUAUGAUGUAAAUGAUCAUGACGCAUCAACUGUGGAUAGUAAUAAUAUGGAUGUACCUAGUAAAGUAAAACUUGAAAUGAGUGUGAAGAAUACGCAAAUGAUGGAAGAAAAAUAUCCUAUAGGAGAUGUGUGGGAUAUAUGA